AUGCCUUUUCCUGACUUUCUGGAAACGUCAAAGCUGAACUGCAGAGCCUGACCCUGAACAGGCCUUUGGCAUUCCCCUGCAUACAGAAUAGAUUAAGGGCUCUUUUUUUUUUCUAAUUGGAAACUAACAUGGUUCACUUUGUAAACUCUUAUCUGGUGCAUGCAUCCAGCUAUCUCCCAGAAAUUUCUACUUGAUAAAGAAGCCCAGAGCUGAUUUCUGCCUUCUGGAAUGCUCUUAGUUGCUAGUCAUCAACAGAAGUCUCAGCACGGACAGGCACAAAGAAGGUUCUCACUGAGACUCACUCAAAGAAACCACGGAAGGAGAAGUCUGAGGGCUCAUUUCAGGAUGAAGCUUCAAGGGAAAAGAUGCACUUUGAACACAAACAAAAAUUAUCCAUGGAUCAGCAGAUGCAAGUGGAUUCUUCUCCCAGCUACUGCCAGUCCUGUGAUCAGGAUGAGGCUCCAAGGUGGACAGCUGGCACUCCUGCUGCUGCUCUGUGGCCUGCAGACACCCACGGGGCACGCUGAGGUUACAAUUAAAGUCGACUUUGAUUUGGCACCAGACUCCUUCGAUGAUCAAUACCAAGGCUGUAGCAAACAGGUUAUGGAGGAGCUAAGUCAAGGAGAUUAUUUCACAGAGGAAAUAGAUGCCCAUAAACAUUACUUCAGGGUGUGGCACAAAGCCCACUUAACCUGGCUGAGUCGAGAAAAAGCUCUCCCCAAGAACAUGACAGAUACACAUGCUGUGGCUCUCUUGGUUUACACAUCAAAUAGCCAGGUGCGCUCCGACUUUGCCACUGCCAUGGCCAGUGCUGCCAGGUCUCCACAGCAGUACAAACGUUCAUUCCAUUUCAAAUAUCUACACUACUACCUGACCUCAGCAAUCCAGCUGCUGAGGACACAACUCAGCACGAAGAGUCACACUCUGUGUUAUGAGGUACACCAUGGCAUGAAGGACAUCCACUUUGUAGCCAACGUAGGUGACACUGUUCGAUUUGGCCAGUUCAUUUCCACCUCCCUCCUAAGAGAAGAGGCACAAAAGUUGGGGAGAAAAACACUAUUUACCAUAUUUAGCUGCCUAGGUGCACCUGUGCAAGACUUCUCCCUCCAGAAGGAAGUCCUGAUCCCUCCCUAUGAGCUGUUUGAAGUUGUAAAUACAAGCUACCACCCAAAUGGAAACUGGUUGCAAUUGCAGUCGACCGGGAACCUGAGCAUAUACAACUGCCAGCUGCUAAAAGCUUCGAGCGAGAAAUGCAUCCCUACUCCUAUAGUUAUUGCAUCUCUCUACUUCUUGGCCACCGUUAUCAUCUCUUCCAAAAGCAGAGUGUAGAAUAAUUCUGUGGCUUAUUUAAAAUAAAAACAAAAUGAAAACUUGUUACUGCCUUUUUGAUAGAAAUGAGAAUUUAUUUGCCAAGAAAGACGAUUUACUCAUACUUCUGCUGAGAGCAAUGCAUAGGUUCUUCUUUGUUGGUUCUGUUUUGCCUUCACAGUACCUCCUUGCCAAUCAGGGCCCCCACAGUACCCUGGGGAAGCCACCCAACCCAGCUGUCAUUUGAUGAAGAGCUAGCUCUGCUCAAUGCCUAGAAUUUGCCUGUAACUCAGUCCUGAGCCACUCACUAUAGUUCUUUCUGCUCCAUGCACACAAAGAUUUAGGCUAAAAAAAGAAUAUGGCCCAGUGGUAACCUAUGACGUAGCAUCAUGAUGCUUUUUUUUUUUUAAUUAAUUUUGGGAGUAGGGUAUGAUCCUUUCUUUUCAGCAGAGUUUAACAAAAGCAGGGUAUGGGCUGAUAGUUUGCUAGCAGCCAUCUUAUCACCAGGACAGGAGGCCCUGCCUCCCUGAAAAAGGAGCUAACACAAGGAAGAGCUGAGGAUGAGAAGAAAUUGAGACUCACUGACAAUGUAUGAGCCUCUGGAUCCAACUGUUCUAAACCCAAAUAACCUAAGCUUCUUCAUUACACAAAUCAAUAAAAUAUUUUCUUCUCAA